UGUUCACAGAAACAAAAUUAUUUGAAGUAGAUGUAAACGGAUUGGUGCAUGAAUGAAUGUAAUAAAAUCCAUAAAAGGCAAUAACAUUAAAGAAAAGAAAAAAGAAAAAAAAAAAAAAAAUAGUUGUCAAUUUUCAAAAUUUGUCGUACCGCCUACCCAAUUUUGUUUCUUCACUUCCGUUUACCAACAACAACGACGAGACACCACCGCUUUGUUUAUCCUUCCGAAGUAGAGAACAAUGAUGUUCCGGCGAUUAUUUAUCGUUCGCCUUCUCUUUUUAAUUCCACUGGCUUCAUCCAGAUCCAACCAUAGUCAAGAAGUAGAUACUCUUCUCAAACUGAAAUCCACCUUUGGAGAAACAAUAUCCGGCGACGUCUUCAAGACCUGGACUCACCGGAACUCGGCAUGCGAAUUCUCCGGAAUCGUAUGCAAUUCCGACGGAAACGUCACCGAGAUCAAUCUUGGAAGUCAGAGUUUGAUCAAUUGCGACGGCGACGGUAAAAUUACAGAUCUUCCUUUCGAUUUAAUCUGUGAUUUGAAGUUUUUGGAGAAGCUUGUUCUAGGAAACAACUCCUUGAGCGGCCGGAUUAGUAAGAAUCUCAGGGAAUGUAAUCACCUGAGAUACUUAGACCUCGGCACCAACAAUUUCUCUGGUGAGUUUCCGGCGAUUGAUUCAUUACGAUUGCUCAAGUUUUUGAGCUUAAACGGUUCUGGAAUCUCUGGAAUAUUCCCAUGGAGUUCUCUAAAAAACCUCAAGAGAUUAAGUUUCUUAAGUGUUGGAGAUAACCGAUUCGAUCUGCAUCCAUUUCCUAAAGAGAUUCUAAAUCUCACUGCCUUGAAAAGGGUUUUUCUGAGUAAUAGCAGCAUCACCGGUAAGAUUCCAGAGGGAAUCAAGAACCUUGUUCAUCUACGAAACCUUGAGCUCUCUGAUAAUCAAAUCUCUGGUGAAAUUCCAAAGGGGAUAGUUCAUCUCAGAAACCUAAGGCAGCUUGAGAUUUACAACAAUUACUUGACUGGUAAGUUACCAUUCGGGUUUCGGAAUUUGACGAAUUUGUGGAAUUUCGACGCCUCUAACAACUCCUUAGAAGGUGAUUUGUCAGAGCUGAGGUUCUUAAAGAAUCUUGUUUCUCUUGGAUUGUUCGAAAACCUAUUGACCGGUGAGAUUCCAAAAGAGUUUGGAGAUUUCAAGAGUUUAGCUGCUUUGUCUCUUUACAGAAACCAACUUACUGGGAAGCUUCCGAACAGACUCGGAUCUUGGACCGGUUUUAGAUACAUCGACGUGUCUGAGAACUUCUUGGAAGGUCAGAUUCCUCCUGAUAUGUGCAAGAAAGGCGCAAUGACGCAUCUUCUGAUGUUGCAGAACAGAUUCAUAGGACAAUUUCCAGAGAGCUAUGCUAAAUGCAAGACUCUGAUUCGUCUUCGUGUGAGUAACAACUUUCUCUCUGGUGUGAUUCCUUCAGGGAUUUGGGGGCUUCCUAAUCUCCAGUUUCUUGAUCUUGCUUCAAACCGUUUUGAAGGAAACCUCACUGAUGAUAUUGGCAAUGCCAAGUCUCUUGGCUCUUUGGAUUUAAGCAACAAUCGAUUUUCAGGUUCUCUACCGUUUCAGAUCUCAGGAGCUAACUCGUUAGUGUCGGUUAAUCUUCGCAUGAAUAAGUUCUCCGGGAUAGUUUCUGACUCUUUUGGUAAGCUUAAGGAGCUUUCAAGUCUCUAUCUUGAUCAGAAUAAUCUAUCAGGUGCUAUACCAAAGUCACUAGGCUUAUGCACAUUUUUGGUGUUUCUAAACCUUGCUGGAAACUCACUCUCUGAAGAAAUCCCGGAAAGUUUAGGAUCUUUACAGUUAUUGAAUUCUCUGAAUCUGUCAGGAAACAAACUGUCAGGAAUGAUUCCUGUUGGUUUAUCGGCUCUGAAGCUAAGCUUACUUGACUUAUCCAACAACCAGCUAACUGGUUCUGUUCCUGAAUCUCUCGAAAGUGGAAACUUUGAAGGAAAUUCAGGGCUAUGCAGCUCAAAGAUCGCAUAUCUUCAUCCAUGUCCGCUUGGAAAACCUCGCAGCCAAGGGAAGAGGAAAAGUUUUUCUAAGUUCAACAUUUGUUUAAUCGUUGCAGCGGUACUUGCUCUGUUUUUAUUAUUCAGUUACGUGAUCUUCAAGAUAAGACGGGAUAGGUCGAAUCAAACGGCUCAGAAGAAGAACAAUUGGCAAGUGAGCUCUUUUCGGUUACUUAACUUUAACGAAAUGGAAAUUAUUGAUGAGAUCAAGUCAGAGAAUCUCAUAGGCAGAGGCGGUCAAGGGAAUGUUUACAAAGUAACUCUAAGAAGCGGUGAAACACUAGCCGUUAAACACAUCUGGUGUCAGUGUCAGGAUAGUCCCUGCGAAAGCUUUAGAAGCUCGACGGCAAUGUUAAGUGACGGCAACAACAGAAGUAAGAGCCGGGAAUUUGAGGCAGAAGUCGGGACGCUAAGCAAUUUAAAACAUAUAAACGUUGUGAAGUUGUUCUGCAGCAUAACGUGUGAGGAUAGUAUGCUGCUUGUAUAUGAGUAUAUGCCUAAUGGAAGCUUGUGGGAGCAGCUGCAUGAGCGUCGUGGUGAGCAAGAGAUUGGGUGGCGUGUGAGACAAGCAUUAGCUUUAGGAGUUGCUAAAGGGCUGGAGUAUUUGCACCAUGGGUUAGAUCGGCCGGUGAUACAUCGGGACGUGAAGUCCAGCAAUAUAUUGCUUGAUGAGGAGUGGAGACCGAGGAUUGCUGAUUUUGGAUUGGCUAAAAUCAUUCAGCCUGAUUGGGUUCAACGAGAUUCCUCGGCUCCUCUUGUUGAAGGAACUCUUGGUUACAUUGCCCCCGAAUACGCGUAUACCACCAAAGUGAACGAGAAGAGUGAUGUGUACAGCUUCGGGGUGGUGUUAAUGGAGUUGGUAACAGGGAAGAAGCCGGUGGAGACAGAGUUCAGCGAGAACAGUGACAUAGUCAUGUGGGUUUGGAGCAUAAGCAAGGAGAUGAACAGAGAAAUGAUGAUGGAAUUAGUCGAUCCGAGUAUAGAAGAUGAAUACAAGGAGGAUGCUCUUAAAGUUUUGACCAUUGCUUUAUUAUGCACGGACAAGUCUCCUCAGGCUAGACCGUUUAUGAAAUCAGUGGUUAGUAUGCUAGAGAAAAUAGAGCCUUCCUACAAGAACAAUGGAGAAGCAAGUUACGAUGAGAGUGCUAAUGAUGAGAUUGCUAAAGUUGUAUAACUCAUAUUAUUAAUCGAGCUAAGGCUCAAGAAUAUUAAAUUCUUGAUUGGUUUUAUAAUUAUACAAAAUUCUUAAGAGAAAGAUUCUACGACCAGUUUUGUAUCAUCUACGUGGACAAAAAAACAGUAGUUUUAAAUAGUUAAACACGGUUUUUAACUAUAACAAGAUGAAUUUAGAUAAUUAUUGAAAUAUUAAUUUUCAAGAGACAAGAAGAUAUAAGCAAAAAGAUGAAGCAAACCGUAGUUAUUAAAUAACUUACAGACCAACUUUUAGAAAAUACAUUGCAACGACAUGACAUGCAUGCUCAUGAUGACAAACACAAAGAUCAGAGACAUCUUCAGAUGUUUCUUA